AGUAAUAACAAAACACCGACGGGUCUGACAGCAGCCGGGUUCAUAAAACUAACUCACCGAGAAACACGCUUUGUUUUUUUAUUUAGUCCGCUUGAAAAUGGGUCGUUUCGGCCGCUGUCACUGACUCACUGUUGCGAGUUUCCAGCAUCUGUGGUCCUCACCUGCCUAUCAGCAGCCUCCUAAAAGCUUCAAGCAUGUUGCGAGAGAGCUCCAAGGCGUGGAGCAAUGGCUCGGAGGCCUACAGCAGCGAUCCCGAGGAGGACGAGGAAGAGGAAGAGGACAUGGUGUUUGGGGAGACUGAUCAGGACGGCAUGGCGGAGGAGAUGAUGGAUUUAAGUGACCUCCCCACAGCGCUCUUUGCAUGCAGCGUCCAUGAAGCUGUUUUCGAAGAGGACUCGCACAGGGAGAGGUUCGAGGCAUUGUUUAGGAUCUACGAUGAACAGACGACUUUCCAGAUGUUCAAAAGCUUCCGGAGAGUCCGGAUCAACUUUAGCACCCCAGAGGCCGCCGCCCGUGCACGCAUCGAGCUGCACGAGUCCGAGUUCAACGGCAAGAAGCUCAAACUCUACUUUGCCCAAGUCCAGAACGGCGAAGAGGACAUUGACAAGUCGUACCUGGCCCCUCCCCAGCCCGUCAAACAGUUUCUGAUCUCGCCACCUGCCUCGCCACCUGUGGGCUGGAGCCAGAGCGAAGACGCUACACCGGUCAUCAACUACGACCUGCUGUGUGCUGUAGCCAAGCUAGGACCUGGCGAAAAGUAUGAGCUCCACGCGGGGACAGAGUCCACCCCCAGCGUGGUCGUCCACGUGUGCGAGAGCGAGACGGAGGAAGACGAGGCGGCACGGCCAAAGCAGCAGAUCGUCCAGACUAGACGUCCCGAGGGACCCCCGAAAGUCUUCAACUAGAGAGGCCUCCCCCCCUUGACACCGGCGCGGCCCCCGACCGCCCCUUUAACCCGCAACACACCUGCCCUCUCUCUCUCGUCUCUGCACUCACAGAGAGCGUCGAUGCCCCUCAUUUCAGUUCAACUACAAGCAAAAACAAACCAACAAACAUUGCUCAAAGACGGUGUUUGUGGGGAGCGUGGCGAUGGAAUGAGGUGGCCUGAAGGGGAUGGAUGAGAAUCACACACACACUCAUCACAUUCUGCGGACAGCGUGGGGAGUGGCGGGCAUGCUUUGCCUCCACCCCACCAACCCCACUCGUUUUCAGCAAGAGGGGUCGAUAUACCUGUCCCAACGCAGGCACCUGUCACUUAUCUCACACACACACACACACACGCGCACACACACACACACACACACGCUCAGCUCUCAUUGCUAGUCCUGCUCAGUAGCUUGCUAGUUAGCUUUUUAGCUUGUACCUCUCCCUUCGUCUCACGAUCACAUGUACAAUAAUCUUCGGUUGAGGUAUGUGCGAUACCUCUAAACAAAGACAUUUUUUUCUUC